AUGACGCCAAAGCGCAUAUUGAAGGAGACGGAGAAUUUGGCCAAUGAUUCGCCUCAUGUGCGUGCAGCUCCUGGCAUCAAGGCCGAGCUGAAUCCGGGUAAUAACCGUCACUUCAACAUAAGGAUGCUUGGUCCGGAUAGUACCCCUUAUGAAGGUGGAGUUUACAAACUCGAGCUCUUUUUACCGGAACAGUACCCUAUGGAGCCGCCAAAAGUGCGCUUCUUAACCAGCAUAUACCACCCAAAUAUAGAUAAACUUGGUAGGAUAUGUCUUGAUAUACUAAAGGACAAGUGGAGCCCGGCACUGCAAAUCAGGACAGUAUUACUUAGCGUACAAUCGUUGCUCAGUGCCCCUGAACCAGAUGAUCCAUUAGAUACCGCAGUAGCUGAUCAUUUUAAAUCGGACAGGGCUGGUGCAGAACGACUAGCUCGUGAGUGGAACGAAAUGUACGCUAAAUGUAAUUCAAUGUAA